AUGUCUAUCGUGAGCUACCUGGCCGCACCGCCGUCUGCGAUUCAGCAGUGCUCCAACCCGGGCGCCACCAUCGUGUCUUGCUUCCCUACUGACAGGACCACCGUCUAUCAAGGCGAUACUAUCGACUUCGUCUGGAACUCCAAUCUUCCGGAGUUCGCUCAGUCUGGCAUCGUUGACAUCAAGGUCUUCCGCGCCCUCGGCGAUAUCGAGCCCAGCGUUCUUGGGCUAUACAACAUCACAAAUCCCACGGAUGGAUCGGCUGGGAAGAUCACCGUCGACGUCGCCGACAGCUGGUUCGACGGGCCGUACACUGGAGUCAACAUCAGCACGCCUUUCUUCUUCACCAUCGCGCCCAGCGGCACGAUUCCACAGAAGCAGCCUACCUUCAGGGCAAUCCAGACUGGACCCGGCUCUAACUCAUCCUUCCCUUCCAAGACGAUGGCGAGCGGAAGUGCUGUUGCAAACGCCACCGCUUCUACGAUCUAA